AUGGACAUCUCUGGUAUGGACAAUGAAUCGCUUGAGCUGGUUGUACAGUUUCUUCGCGAUGAUAUCAGCAACAUGGACCAAGAUGAUCCCUCAAGAGCUCCACAAGCACGCGAGCUACAGGCCCUUGACGCUGUCCUUGCCGAUCGCCAGUAUGCUCAGCGUCUUGUCGAAACCGGUGUUGCUAUGGUAGGCGAAUUUGAGGAGCCAAUUGCCCAAGAGCCCCUUGCAGUCGACGUCGCAGAGCAGGUCGACACCGUUCUUGCCGAUCGCCAGUAUGCUGAGCACUUGGUCGGUAUCGAUGUUGCUGUGGCUGGCCAGAACGAGGCGCUUGCAUUGCCUGAGGAGCCAAUUGCCGAGGGACCCCUUGCAGUCGACUGUACGGAACAAGUCGAUGCUGGCGUUGCCGAGGCUGGUCAUUCUGAGGCGCUCGUGUCGCUUGAGGAUGUCACUGCUGAGGACGAUCAAAAUGUCUCGGCUGAAGAACCCGCAGAGCCCAACGCAGUCGACUGUACGGAACAAGUCGAUGCUGGCGUUGCCGAGGCUGGUCAUUCCGAGGCGCUCGUGUCGCUUGAGGAUGUCACUGCCGAGGACGAUCAGAAUGUCUCGGCUGAAGAACCCGCGGAGCCCAACGCAGUCGACUUGCAAAAGCAUCAGGAAGGAGCCACGGAUUCCGAAGGCGCACACCCGCAGGAGCCAAACAGCAAGUCCUUUGAUCAAAGCAAGCCUCUCAACACGGAUACCAAGGAGCCUUACGAGGCUUGCGUCAGCUGCAACCAAGCAUUCAGACUAAGCGACUUAUCUCAAGGCCCCUGCCAUCACCGCUAUUGUGGCAUUUGUCUAUCGGAGAUGGUCGCGAUGUCGAUCAAGUGCGAGAAGAGCUUCCCACCCAAACGCUGCGUUUCUGCGACUGUGCAAGACGAACGGGUGGAUGCGCUGCAACCUCUGCGGAAGGCCCACGGAUCUUAUACAGGGCUGCAAUCACAUCAGUAG